UUCAACGAAAGCAAUACAACAAUGAACGGGAAAUCAAUUUAUCCGGAAGCUUAUUAUACAGAUAUCACGAGGUUAGAGAAUCAACCUCAAUUACUGGUGACAGAUAUUUUUUGUCUUACUCUAGCCGAUGCCCAGCCUCCACUUCUUGUAAUAG